AUGUCGCAAGACGAUUUCGAAACACCCGCUACGGCUACGUACGUUGAUGCGUUGGAGGAACCAAUAGCUGGAAGCCUAGAGGUUGGUGACGCCAAAAAACCCGAUGGCAUCUUCCACGGGCUCAAGUUCUUCAUAGCGCACGAUGAGAACCGCCAAGAGCUAUCACAGUUGAUUGAGACCCAUGGCGGUUUGAUUAGUGACGUGCUACCUGGUGGUGGAUCCGCCAACGAGUUUGUGGUGUCGCCGUUCAACACCACCAAUUUGCCCACGGUGACGCCCACCUACAUCAAGACUUGCUGCGCAAACAACGUGCUGAUGAAGUUGCAAAGCUACUUGGUGCCCUUUGACGAGUUCCGCGCUGUAAUUGACACGCAGCUCCAAAACGAGGACAAACGCAAGGAUGGCGAGGCGUCUCACGACGCCUCCCGCGACCUGGCGGUCGACCGCAAGCCUGUUGCGCUCGCAACCCACGACCCCGUACAGUCGCCUGCUCAGUUGGAUGAUCCGCUGCAUCCUCAACCUGACCAAUCGUCCCCAGAGCACGCCAAUGCCCCCAAUGUUGCCACGGGUGCGGCUGCAGCGCAGCCGUCGCUGGACCAGCAAUCACAGCAACAGCAGCCACCACAACAACACACACAGCGACAACAACAACAGGAACAAGACCCCAAUUCAGCUCAGAUCCCCCCCGUGUCUGUCUCUGUCAACUCUACCAACAAUGCGGGCUCCGCAUACGACAACACGCGCGCGAUUCUGGCAAGAACAAACAUGCCCUCUCACAACAAGGCAUCGUUCACUGAAGAAGAAGAUGAAUUUAUCUUGGACGUCGUCCGCAAAAACCCUACAAGAAGAACCACCCACACUUUGUUCGAUGAAAUUUCCCACUACGUCCCCAAUCACACGGGUAAUUCCAUCAGACAUCGAUACCGUGUUUACCUUGCAAAGCGCUUGAAUUACGUGUAUCAAGUCGAUGACAAUGGCAAGUUGAUAAGGGACGAAAAUGGCAACUUGAUCAAAACCACCGUACUCCCAAAAUCUCUGAAAAACAAAUUCACGGCAGAAGAAGACUACUCUCUCGCCAUCGAUGUUAAGAGACAAUUUUACCGUGAUUUGUAUCAAGUUGACCCCGACACGGGCAAGUCUUUGAUUACUGACGAUGACGCACCAAACGAAGCCGCUAGGAGAGCCAUGAUAAUGGAUCCUAACAGUAUGCCUGGAUCCGAACCUGCUUUCCAACAAUAUCGUAUCGGAGAGCGUCGUGGGCCUGUCCCCAGAGAGUUUUUCAAGACAUAUGCAGAAAAACAUCCAAAUCAUACUGAAAAUGCCUGGAGGGAUCGAUUUAGAAAAUUCUUGUUAACUUAUGGUAUUGACAAGUACAUCGAAUACUACGAACACGAAACUGCCCAAGGAAGAACCCCUGAACCUAUGAAAAACAUGACCAAUAGACCCAAGAGACCGGGUGUCCCAACUCCAGGCAACUAUAACAGUUACACAAAGAGGGCAAGGUCUCUCACUCACCAACAACAACAGCAAGCAGCUGUUACAGCAGCAGCAGCAGCAGCGGCGGCGGCAGCUCCAGGAUCCACGGAUCCUAAUGCUGCUGCCCACUAUUCUAUCCCAGAAGGUGACUUGCUAGAUGAAGAGACUUUGAAUUUCAUCUCUGGCCUCAGACGCGAUCUAUCGAGAAUCGAAUCUACCAAUGGAAUGGCUUUUGAAUACCCUCAAGAUAUUGCCGAAUCCAUCAGAAACGACUUUACCAACGAGGAAACUCAAUUCGAUAACAUAGAUCCGGAUGAUAUUUCUUUCCCACCUCAGCUGGCAAGUACAGAAUUAUUCAUGCCUCAUUUCUUUCAUUUCAGCUCUACUAGGGCAUUUUUAGAAAAAGUCAAUGAAGUCAUCUCCAGAGACUAUGAACCAUCUCAGGCUGAAAAACUGGUACAAGAUUUGUGUGAUGAAGCUGGUGUUCGCAAGACUUUCAGUACUAGCAUUUUAACAGCACUAUCAGGUGAUUUAAUGGUUUUCCCAAGAUAUUUCCUUUGUAUGUUUAGAUACAAUGCUAAUCCUCCUAUGAAUGUUCCUGGUAUAUGGACUAGAGAGGAUGAUGAAAUGCUAAGGUCGGGCAAUGAUGAUGACAUCAAGUCACUGACUCGGAAGCACGGUGUUGGUAGAAUCGAAAUGAGAAAACGGUUCAUUGCCAGUGACUUGGUUUGA